AUGAAAGUUUCUAGCGUCUCUAGCUGUUGGAAAAUCCAGUGUUUGAAGUUGGUGAAGGGAAUCGCAAGCACCGGAUCUGCGGUCACACUUGUUAGCAUUGAAAGAAGAGCAUCAACUGGUUGUUGCCGUGUAUCCUAUCUUUUGAGGAAGUUGAUUUGGAAGUUGAAGUCGCAAUGGAAACAAGCUGUGGGAUGGCGAAAGAGCUACACUCAUUACACCUAUGAUCUUCAAAGCUAUUCUCUGAACUUCGACAACGGUUUCGAUGACCAUCUUUCACCUCAUAGUUUCCGGUGA